CUGGCUCUGCUUCCAAUUGCCUUCCUAUUGUUUGCUGGAACGGUCGUCUUAUUUUCUCACGACAAAACUGAGCACCAGUCAAUCAUUUACCCAGCCACCUUAACACUCGCUCCUGACUGCGCGUUCCCGCGAGAGCUGCGAAAGGAGCUGUCGGCGGUGAGAUCAUGGGAGAGUCCACGCUUGGAGAAAGUAGGUUAGCAGGGUAGACUGAGAGGAAAGCAGGCGGAGAGUCACAUCGCAGAGGGGGGGUCCGAUCACCGGUCGUCCACCCUGGGACUAUUCUGUCAAAAAAAAAAGAAAAAGUUGAGCAAAAUCGAAUCGCCAGUGCGCCGAGACGGUUACGAUGCUAUCCAUAGAGACUUUAUUCACUCUUUUAUUUCGGUCUGACUUGACCGAGCGAUAGAGGAGCGGAGUUUCAGCUAGUUUUUUUCUCCUUUCUUUUUUUUUUUUUUUUGGUCGUGCUUCACGAGAUCUGUCUGCAGCCGGAACAAAGUUCAUAUUUCCAGAGCCAGUUGACUGUGGCGGCUCCAGCGGUGUAUUCUCCAUCCUGUCACCCACAUUAACCACAUGUAGCCCAGUUUCUUUUUUUUUAUCGUUCAGCCAAGAGAAAGAUAACAUCAAAAAUGAGAGCCCAGAUUGAGGUCAUCCCCUGUAAGAUCUGUGGGGACAAGUCCUCAGGAAUCCACUAUGGAGUCAUCACCUGCGAAGGCUGCAAGGGUUUCUUCCGUCGCAGCCAGCAGAACAACGCCAUGUACUCUUGUUCUCGCCAGAGGAACUGCCUGAUCGACCGGACUAACCGUAACCGCUGCCAGCACUGCCGCCUACAGAAGUGUCUGGCUUUGGGCAUGAGCAGAGAUGCGGUCAAAUUUGGUCGUAUGUCCAAGAAGCAGCGUGACAGCCUCUACGCUGAAGUGCAAAAGCACCAAAAGUCCCAGGAGUGUGUGGGCUCCGCAGGCGGGGGCGCCACUGCUCUGUCCAUACCCAAGGAGGACGGCGUCUGCGGCGGUGGAGCGGAGGAUAGUGAAGAGGGUCUGAGCCGGUCCUACAGCAGCGGGGGCUCCAGCUCCACCCUCAGCGACCUGGAUGACAUCGCGGCGCUGCCUGACCUGUUUGAACUGCCGCUGACGCCCGAGGAGUCCAGCAAGUACUGCAGCCUGGAGCUGAUCGGCGGCGGAGCCAGCACCGGGAACACCUCCAACUCAUCUUCCGCCUCUUCAUCAUCCUUGUCCAAUCAGAAUUCCCCGCAGCAGACGAUGCUGGACGGGGCAGACACCACCGGGAUCCACGUCUUGCAUACACACUCUCUCACGCAUCCGCUGCUGAAACACACACAUGCACUGCUUGAUCAGCUGCCGGAUGACUGCUCAAUAACAGACCUUGAGCGCAUCACUCAGUGUAUUCUCAAGUCUCACUUGGAGACGUGUCAGUACAGCGCUGAGGACAUGAAGAGAUUCACCUGGGCACAAUACACACCUGAGGAAACGCGUGCUUUUCAAAACAAGUCAGCUGAGUGGAUGUGGCAGCAGUGUGCACACCACAUCACCAAUGCCAUUCAGUAUGUGGUGGAGUUUGCCAAACGCAUUGCUGGCUUCAUGGACCUGUGCCAGAAUGAUCAGAUUAUAUUGCUGAAAGCAGGCUGUCUCGAGGUCCUGCUGAUACGCAUGUGCCGAGCGUUCAACGUCAACAACGGCACCAUCUUCUUCAAUGGAAAGUUUGCCCUGGCUCAGUUCUUCAAAGCACUCGGUUGUGAUGACCUGGUCAGUGCCGUGUUUGACCUGGGAAAAGGACUCUGCCGUCUACAGCUGUCUGAUGAAGAGAUAGCCCUGUUUAGCGCUGUCGUUCUUCUAUCUCCAGAUCGGCACUGGCUAACAGAAGGCCAAAAGGUUCAAAAACUCCAGGAGAAGGUCUACCUGGCUCUGCAGCACAGUCUACACAAGAGUGGAGCUUCAGACGAGAAACUGGACAAGAUGAUGUCCAAGCUGCCCAUGAUGAAGUCGAUCUGUAACCUCCACACAGAUAAACUUCAGUUUUUCCGUUUGGUCCACCCAGACACCGCCUACAGUUUCCCACCACUGUACCGGGAAGUGUUUGGCAGCGAGCUGUCUCUGCAGGACUCCACCAACCGCUAGACAGACCGAUAGACAAGCAAAGACAGAUGGAGAGUGUGUUAAGAAGUAAGGAAGCAACAAGGAAAGACAGAGAAGGAUAGAGAUGUUGAAGCUCAACAACCAGCAGUUAAGAGACAAUCCAGGACUUUAAGUACUCCGUCUCCCAUGAUCCCAAAGAAGUCCUCCACUUUCCCAGCAGGCAAAGCACCUUACACUACAGACCACACAUGCUCAUGGUCCUCUGCAUAUUGUAGCAUUAACAACAAGCGGAUGGGCACAAUAUGGGUAAUAAUAACAACAGCCCACUAGACGUGAGACAGCUCCAGGCUCCAACACUUGUUUAACAUCAGAUCCGCUGUGGGUCACCCAACCAGUUAUGAAUGUACCUCAUGGAAAAGCACCAGUGCAUAAGCCAGAACCCAACAAUGGUGAAUGUACAAACAUGCCACUCUCAGACAGAGUUUUACACAAAGUAUUAGAAUGAAGUUGUGUUGAUCCACAGGUCUCACUAUUAAUAUAGUUCUGUCAACAUUUCUGUCAUAUUAAUACAUCUGUGUGGUAUGCCUGCGUAUUCAUACAGACAAUAUCCUUGUACUGACCAUCACUUAGGGACCAAGAUCUUGAGUCAUUUUCUCUGAUAUGAAACACACAGAUAUGACAUGACUCAUGGCGAAGGCCGACCUCUUUAUUCAGCUGAGAACCAGUUUCACACACAGUUAGACAGUGUUCGGUGCUGCCUUUUUGUAGGCUCUUGUAAUGCAAUGAGAAACCUCAGUCCCACGCACCCCUUUCCUUGUAAAUGCCACUUAGAGACAGGACAAGAUGAAAUUAUCUUUAAUUUAUACACACAUUUAUAAACAAAUAUUUUAAAUAAGAAUGUAAAUAGAUGACUAUAUAAGUAUAUGGAUAGAGUUGGUAUGUGUGAGUUCAGUUCAGAGAGAGAGAGAGGGAGAGAGAAAAGUGCGUAGUAAGAUGUAGAGAAAUGGAUAUUUCAGGAAAGCUGAUAUCUGGACUCGAGUUGUUUUCUGGACUACUUCCCCUCCUGGCAGUUCUCUCAGGUUCCCAUGGCAACAAUCCCCUCUUGCACUGAUGGCAAAACCUAGCUGGGUUAUGGGAGGUCAUCACGUAAGCGACGGGAUGGACGCUUGUUGCAGAUGCGACACCGUGCGGGGGGGCAGUGUAGCCAAACAAAGACGGAAAAAAACAUUGCGUUUAAAUUAGUUUUCAGUCUGCGCUGUUGCUCCCUGCCUAAAGAGACAAGACACAAGGACACUAAUGAGAAGAGAAGGAAAAAGAUGACUUCAUGAACUGUAUAAUAAAAUUGGAUACACAGGGUCUCCCCCGCCUGCUUCUAACCAGCAGUCAGUACAGUACGGUGUAGUGUAAUUGUCUUUCACUCACAAAGUUUCAGGUGGUUAAAGGCCGGAACGAAGAUGAUCCAUAAUAUGUAUCGUAAACCCUCCUUGCUGGUUGAAAAAUCUGUAUUAUUUUGUACAUUUGCUGUUCCUCUCUCCUUUAGUCCCUAACCCAACACUUGUCCAAACACCAAGCACUUACACUUUCCUCUUCCUCACUGGACACUAGUCUAAGGGCAGACAGAGCUACCAGCUGCCCCCCUGAGUUGGCCAUCAAUACCAGUAAGACUUUAAAGUCAAUCUGUUUCAUUAUUUUUGUUUUUUAUUCCAUAUCCGACACAAAAGGUCACCCAUAACUGUUUAUAUUUUUCAUAUACAUAAAUAACACACUCUCUGAAGGUUGUUACAUUGAGAUGAUGAUGAUGAAGAUGUCUUACUCGGGGUGCUGUGAAGUUCUUGAGCAGAGUCUGAGGACCUUCUGCCUACCGCUCAGGGAGAUGGCUGUGGUCUCUUGUCCCUUUUAUUACCAGUGUCGUCCUUUAGCCUUGUGCUCCUCACACCUUUGCACCUAAGAUAAAACCCAUAACCAUAAUCACUGUGGACGUAAAUUAUAUUUUUGUGAAUGUCACUCAUAAAGUGUCAAAGCCCUUCCCAAUUGUCCUAAUAUUGUGAAAUCAAAUUGACAAGACAUAGGAAUAAAAAUUAAAAAAAUCAGUUAGCAUUAAAGAUGAAUUCAUUAUAAGGGUUUAAUGUUUCUUUUUGCUGUGAUUUUCAUUUAUUUGUCAGUCUUUUAUCAACCUUUUUCUUUGUGUCUCCACUUUUGUUUUGUAAAGUCAGUGAUCUAUUUUUUUUUAACAAACAAAAAAGAAUAGUUUGUCUCCCUUCUCUUUCCCUGUAUGACAAAAUGUACAAGAGGUAUAUUACUAGUCCAAGAGUAACCGAGUUACACAGCUCUAUAUAUAUUGUUGUCCAAUGGGAUACAUUAUAUGUGGUUUUAAGAAUGUAAUAAAUGGUUUCUUUUUCUUUUG